AAAAAAAAAAAACCUGUAGUACUGGCAUAAAGAUAGACUUAAAGACCAAUGGAACAGAAUAGAGCCCAAUAAACCCUCGCAUAUAUGAUCAAAUGAGCUUCAACAAGGGUACCAAGAACAUACAAUAGGGCAAGGACAGUCUCAACAAAUGGUGGUGGGGAAACUGGAGAUCCAAACGCAAAAGACUGAAGUUAGACCUUACCUUACGCCACAUAUAAAACUUAAAUCAAAACGGAUUAAAGGCCUAAAUGUGAGAUCUAAAACUAUAAAACUCCUAGAAGAAAACACAGCGAGAAGUUUCGUGACAGUGAAUCUGGCAAUGAUUUCCUGGAUGUGACACCAAAAGCACGGGUAACAGAAGCAAAAGUACACAAAUGGGACCACAGCAAACGAAGACUGCGCUUCAAAGGGAAGCCGCCUCUGCCGCUCAGGCACCCUCGCCCACACUCCUCGCCCCGGCACCUGCCUCGGCCUCGGUAAGGGGCUCCCCACAGUCAGCUGAAGGCUGCCCCAGAGAGUCCUAAACGCGAUUGUCCAGACACUGGACUUCUCAGAAACAAGGCGUUCUCCUAUGAGGGAAUUUCAGUUUCUCUUUCCUUCUCGGCACAAGUCCAGGGAAGGGACUCGUCGGAUGCCCUUUCUCUACGGCUCAGGCGGCCUCGCCCACACCCACGUGCUCACCUGCUUCAGCGACUGGCUCCGCCUACUUAGGCCUUUUCAGGCCCAGUGGAGAUUCCAAUUUCCACUUGCCUUUUCACUUUACAUACAUCAGCUGGGAUUGCCCAGCGAGCCUGGCUAAAAGCGGAGCCAUGCGGCCGGGGAAGCAGUCGAGAUCGGGCCAUGGCUCCAGCUUGGGUUGUGGUGCUGGUGACCGCGGUGCUGGGCUUGACCAGCGCGGGCCCUGUCCCCACUUCCAGGCCCCCCCCAACCAGGAGGGGCUGCCACGUGGGCAAGUUCCCAUCUCUGUCGCCGAGGGAGCUAGAAGCCUUCAAGAAGGCCAGGGACGCCUUAGAAGAGUCACUCCCGCUGAAGAACUGGAGCUGUGGCUCUCGCCUCUUCCCCAGGACCAGGGACCUGAUUCGACUGCAGGCCUGGGAGCGCCCUGCGGCCUUGGAGGCUGAACUAGACUUGACGCUGAAGGUCCUGGGGAACAUGACCGACUCAUCCCUGGGCGUCGUCCUGGACCAGCCCCUUCGUGUGCUGCGCCACAUCCACUCCGAGCUCCAGGCCUGUGUCCGGGCUCAGCCCACGGCAGGACCCAGACCCCGCGGCCGCCUGCACCACUGGCUGCACCGGCUCCAGAGGGCCCCAGAGGAGUCCCAGGGAUGCCUCGAGGCCUCCGUCACGUUCAACCUCUUCCGCCUCCUCACGCGGGACCUGAAGUGUGUCACCGGUGGAGACCUGUGCGUCUGAAAACCUGGACCCGACCCCAGCCCGUCCGGGACCCAGAACUUCUGUAUGCACCAGGCCUCAUCCUUCCUUAAGUUAUUUCCUUUCAAUCCCUUAUUUAUGGACCUGCAGCCCCGCUCCAUAGCCAUAAGAAAUGUUUAUUUUUCUACUUUUGUGCAAUGUGCAGCAAAUAAACAGUAAGGAAGAGAGAAAAAAAAGAGCCAACUACUCUGGAGAUGGAGAGAACAGAGGAACAUGUUAAACAACAGUGGGAGCUGCAAUCGGCAAAGUGCAGACUCUAGCGAACUCUAAAGGACUAAAAAUCCAGCUUGACAAAAACAUUUCAAGGAAAAAAAAGAGAAAGAUAGGGUCCCUAUACUCUACAGGAACAGCUUUGAGGGUAACGGUGAUUUAAAGGUCUAUCCACGAAAUGCAAUGUGGAGACCUUAUUUGAGCCCUGAUACAAACUGUUUUUAAAAUAUGAAUUUAGGGGCACCUGGGUGGCUCAGUCGGUCAAGCGUCCAACUUCG